AUGUUCUACUGUCUCAGCUCACCAAGGGGCCAAAAUUCUCUGGUGACCCGCUUGUUGAGCCAGACUGUUCGGACAAUUGUGACGUCCCCGGAAGCCUUCGCUCUCCUAUUGUGUUCACAUUUCCUCAACAAAUACGCUCACGUGAACACAGUCAGUGUCGAGGUAGAGGAGUACCCAUGGCGUCGCCUUGUGGUUGACGGCCGUGCACACAACCACGCGUUCAUCUUAUCUCCCGAGUACAAGCACACCUGUAAGGUGACACAGAGGCGCGGAGAGGAUCUGCAGCUAAUGACUGGGCUUGAAGGUCUGCGAGUUCUUAAGACUACACAGUCUGCCUUCGUGAACUUCGUCAAUGAUGAAUUCCGUUCACUGCCAGACGCAACUGACCGCAUCUUCUCCACCAUUGUCUCCGCCGCCUGGCAGUACAACACUGUCAAGAACGUCGACUUUGGCAAGAUAUGGAUAACGAUACUGAAGGUGAUCAACGACAAGUUUGCUGGUCCCCCUGACAUGGGCAUCUUCUCUCCCUCUGUCCAGAACACAGUCUACCUCAUACAAAAGACCGCCCUCGAGCAGAUACCAGAGCAUCACCAGAGCUGUGGUAAGAUAGGGAGGAAGAAGGAUGGGGAAGGAUGGAAAUAUUGA